AUGCAGCUGGACCGGUGGCUGCGCACACAACGAGCGGCAGUGGGCCGCGGCUCUCCAGAACACCUUGCGAUCGAGAUUGCCGCCAGCAGCGGGUCCAUAACACGCGUGCCUACCGUGAUCUUGGGGAAGUCUUCCGCCGCGGCCUCCGCCAGGCCCCUGAUCUGUCCGGGUCACGACGUCGAUGCGGGAGUCAGGCUACCAACAAGGGCCAGCGCGCUGGGGGCAGCGGCAUCCUCUCUCACGCCGUCCUCGUCGUGCUCACCUGCCCAAGGCCCUGGCGCCCGAAGGCGCUGGCCAGAGAUUGCGCCCCCUUUCGCAGCAUCCUGCUCCUCGUCGGCACAGGACCUGGCCCUCAGCCCGGCUCCGCUCUUUGAAGGCGUCCGUGGCGGACAACUGCUCACACGCAAAUCGAUGAUGCGGCUGAUGUGGACUGGGGUCCAGUCACUGGACUGGAUCCCUGCGCCCACUCCUCAUUGCAGCCCCGCCUGCAAGCUGCACACGCAGGAAGAUGCUGGCCCGCCAGGCCUGCCCAGCUUUUUCGGGCGGAGCGCCGCUGUGGCAAGAGAGAAGGGGCGCGGCGGCCUGCGGGCGCUGCCGUUUGACACCGCGUGGGCCCCGAACGUCAGCACGGAGAGUCUGGCGCCCGGGCUUUUUGCGUUCAGCAUAGUGCCCUACGCUGGCUUCCUUUACCACCUGACGAGAUCCAAGCAGGCACCGCCCGUCAUGCUCUUUGGCUUCUAUUUUCUUCUGGUAUUUGUGGGUGUCACGAUACCUGCCGGAAUAUACGCAAAAAGCAACUUCGGGACAAGCCUGGCCAAUGUCGAUUGGUUGCAUGGAGGCGCCGAGUCAUUGCUCACCAUAACGAAUCUCCUGAUUGUUUGGGGAUUACGGCAAGGGAUACGUGAUGCUGAAGCGAAGAAAAUCGAGCAAGUCAGCGAGCUGGUUGUUGAACCUGAAAGCAAAGCCGAGAGAUGA